AUGGAAAACACCGACCAUUAUGAUUCCAACGACUAUCGAUGCCGUGAUAGUGGUACAUAUGAUUCUGAAUCGGACAAUGGUCAGGAUGACAGUAAUUCGGUGUCCAGUGCGUACCAAGGUUCAAGUGAUGGUGAUGGCGAUGGUGAUAGUCACAAUGAAAAUUUUGUUGAAUUUGAUGCAGUUGUAGGUGAUAGAACAGUGAAAAUUGAUGCCCUUACUGCUGAUGAAAUUCGUGCUAUGGAAUUCGGUACAGUUGAUGAAGCUAAUGUGUUUUAUUUUAAGUAUGCUAAAUGUAAAGGGUUUGCCAUUAGGAAAAGUGAUGUUAGGACAAGAUCGACUGAGGGUGGACAAACAAUUGUAAUGAGGCAGUUUGUAUGCAAUAAACGCGGUCUAAGAGAUGCAAAAAACUUAAGGAGGCUUGAUAGAAAAAGAGAACACAGACCUACGACCCGCACUAAUUGUCCCGCUAGGCUUCGUGUGCAUUACAAGCCCCAGAAGGAUAGUUAUGUAGUGUCAUGUUUUGAAGAGGCUCACAACCAUGAGUUAACACCAUCUAGGUUUAUCCACUUACACCCCAUUUAUCGUGAGAUUACUGAAGCAGAUAGAGCUCAAAUUGACGGUCUACAGUCAAAUGGAAUUAGAACUUGUCAUAUAAUGGGGUACAUGGUUGCUCAGAAGGGUGGAUACAAUCGUGUUGGGUUUACAAAGAAGGAUCUGUACAAUUAUUUUGAUAGUAAAAUGCGUGCUACUAUUAAAGAUGGUGACGUUGCUGCUGCUAUAAAUUAUCUAAAUGUGAAGUCAUCUACUGAUCCCAUGUUAUAUGGUAAAUAUGCCGUAGGCAUGGAUGGACGAAUGAAGUCUCUUUUUUGGGCUGAUGGAAGCAGUAGAUCUGACUAUUUUUGUUUUGGCGAUGUGGUUGUGUUCGACACGACUUACAAGAAGAACAAAUACAACUACCCAUUGGUUAUAUUUUCAGGGUGUAACCACCACUCUCAUACAGCUAUUUUUGGUGUUGCAUUGGUGUCAGAUGAAACGACAGAGACGUAUAAGUGGUUGUUGGAGUGUUUUUUAGAGUGCAUGGAAAAUAAAUACCCAGAAGUAGUUGUAACAGACAGAGAUAGGGCGAUGAGGGAAUCUAUAAAACAAGUGUUUCCGGAUGCGACACAUUGUUUAUGCGCUUGGCAUUUGAACAAGAAUGUGUGUGAGAAUGUAAAGAACUCGGAAUUUUUGAAAGAUUUUCAAAAAGCCAUGUACUCUAAUUUUACAAAGGAUCAAUUUGAAGAGUUUUGGUCAAAAACAAUUAAAGAAAACGGACUUGAAGGAAAUCCUUGGGUUGCAAAAACGUACGAGAACAGGUCACUAUUGGCAACUGCAUAUCUACGUGAGAAGUUUUUUGGAUAUAUAAGAACUACGUCUCAAUGUGAAGCCGUCAAAGCAAUCAUCAAGAGUUAUGUCAGGAAGAAAGGCUGCAUUUUUGAAUUUAUGCAUAAUUUUGAGCAGGCUAUGAGAUCUUAUAGAAACAAUGAACUGAUUGCCAAUUUUAAAUCAAAGUUUUCAGAACCUGUGAUGACUACUCAACUACGUGCCUUUGAGAGCCAUGCUGCGAAAGUUUAUACUACGGAGAUUUUCAAGGAAGUCAGAGAUGAAAUAGUGAAGGCUGGAUCAUUGAUUGUUAAGGAAAAGUUAAUUCGCAAUGGAUUUAAGACUUAUCAAUUUACAAAAUAUUGUUGUGAUAACUAUGACGUAGAGGUUGUGUAUGAUGGUGAAACACUUCAAUGUGAGUGUAGGUUAUGGGAUUCUCGUGGGAUUCCAUGUUCUCAUAUGUUUGGUGUCAUGAAGGAAGAACAUGUUAGUUUCAUUCCCACCGGUUUGAUUUUGUCAAGAUGGACGAAGGAUGCCAAAAUUCAAUACUUGAACAUGAAUUGUAAUGAUUUUGAUGAUUCUAAUAUGAUUGAGCAAGCUCGGUUUGCUGCAUAUUGUUCUGCAUUUACUGCUUUUUGCAAAGAAGCUUCAAAAAAGGAAGGCGUUUAUGGGGAAAUAAUGGGUGACAUUCUGAAGUUACAAAAAAAGUAUUGCAGUACGGACGAUCCUAUUUUGGCAUCGAACUCACCCGUAGGUGAUCCAAAGAUUAUGAAUAGCAAAGGUGCUCCAAAGAAAAAAAAGAAUGACAUAAAAGCUAUUAGGCGAUGUUCUAAAUGCAACAGUAGAACUCAUAAUGCAAGGAGUUGUUCGAACAAGAAUGGAAAAAGAGGUCACAUUGGUGAAAGUAGUGUGCAAAAUAAAUGUACAGAACCACCGAACUCUCGUGGCGCUAAUGUGACAGCGACUUCUCGCGCGGAAGUUGGAAGCACAAGCAUACCCAUGCCUGCAAUGUAUGGAUUGCAACCCGUGUUGCCAGUGGUUGAACAGAAUGUCGAUCUCAGUGACAUUGAAAGUGAUGAAGGUGAAGAAGAGAUGGAUGAAAAUUUCGGUGAUCCCGCGGUCGAAGAAAAUGGCUUUUCAUUCAAUUAUCGUGUCACUGCUGCUUGUGUAAGAGGAAAGAAUGUUUUCCACUUUCCAUCUAAUGUUGCUGACAAUUGGUUAUUGCCGUUGCAAACUGAGAUAGACAUUGUCGAUGUUCAUACCGAUGUUGUUUACCCAUGUGUGUUGAAGACUGGUAGGAGGCCAGGGGAGAGAUAUCUUUGCUUAGCUUGGUAUGAGUAUGUUAAAGCAACUCGUCUGAGGGCUGGUGAUGUUCUUGAGUGCACUGUGGCAGAUCCUCCUACAAGAAUGUUUUUUCGUUUUAUGAUGUAA